UUCUUGACUAAGCUAAACAUAGAUCAGCGCAAGUUGAAGGAUACAGCCAUCCAGUAAAUACUAAAUAGAUAACCUAGGAAGCCGCAGUUUAGUAGAUUAAAUGCCAUCUAUAUUAAAGUUCUACAUAUUGAUCUAAAUUAAGAGUCCUAGCUAGCAGUGUGCAAAAUAAACACAUUACAGUUAGAAGUCUAAGUUAGAGGUCUGGAAUUAUAGUUGGAAAGUGAAUGAUUUGAUUAAUAAUAGAUGAACAGUAUUAAGUAUGUAGAAUAUAUGAAGGAAGAAUUCAUACUGAUAAACAAUCAUAUUUUUACUUAACGGAUUAAUAACUAUAUGCAUCAAUGAUUGAAAAUCAGAUAGCAAGGACUUGUCAAUUACCAGAAAAUACAACAACAUUAUUUUGGCUUAAGAAACUUGUGUCAGGAUUAAGGAAAAGAAAUCAUGAGAAUUUGGCUAAGGACCAUAAGGAAAAAAACAUGUGCCUACGAUAUCUUUUAACUAGUGGUAGUCCUACCCCAUCAUCGACAGUGGACUGCAAUAUAGUCAGCGACAGUCAGGGGACGAUGGCGGUGUCCCGUGUGCCCACACCCCCUCCCCCGGAAAUGUCAUGCCCCGUGGCAGAGAACUGGUGCUACACGCAGGUUAAAGUGGUGAAGUUCUCUUACAUGUGGACAAUCAACAACUUUAGUUUUUGCAGAGAAGAAAUGGGAGAAGUUCUCAAAAGUUCCACUUUCUCAGCUGGGGCCAAUGAUAAAUUAAAAUGGUGUUUACGUGUUAAUCCAAAGGGACUUGAUGAAGAAUCAAAGGACUAUCUCUCAUUAUAUCUCCUACUCGUCUCAUGUAAUAAAAGUGAAGUGCGCGCCAAAUUCAAAUUCUCAAUACUCAAUGCCAAAAGAGAAGAAACUAAAGCUAUGGAGAGCCAAAGAGCAUACAGAUUUAUCCAGGGAAAAGAUUGGGGUUUUAAAAAAUUCAUCCGCAGGGAUUUCCUGUUAGAUGACGCAAAUGGUCUCCUUCCAGAUGAUAAAUUAACUAUAUUCUGUGAGGUCAGUGUUGUAGGAGAUACAGUGAAUCUAGCUGGCCAAUCAAAUUGCACCCCUGUUAAAGUUCCCGAGUGUCGACUUAGUGAGGAUCUUGGUAAUUUAUUUGAAAGAUCUGCAUUUAGUGACGUCACGUUAUAUGUGGGAGGCCAGGAGUACAAUGCACACAAGGCAAUCUUAGCAGCGCGGUCCCCCGUGUUUAACGCCAUGUUUGAACACGAGAUGGAAGAGAGAAAACAAAAUAGAGUUGAAAUUACAGACGUUGACCAAGAAGUGAUGCGGGAACUUUUACGCUUUAUAUAUACUGGGAAAGCCCCAAAUUUAGAAAAAAUGGCAGAUGAUCUCUUAGCAGCUGCAGACAAAUAUGCUCUUGAGCGACUAAAGGUGAUGUGUGAAGAAGCACUAUGCACCAACCUUUUAGUUGACAAUGUAUCUGAGGUCCUUGUUCUAGCAGAUUUACAUAGUGCAGAACAACUUAAAACACAUGCCAUAGACUUUAUAAAUAGCCAUGCAACAGAUGUAAUGGAAACCCAAGGCUGGAAAACAAUGGUACAAAGCCAUCCUCAUCUCGUAGCCGAUGCUUUUCGGGCACUCGCAAGUCAACAGUCACCUCCAUUAGGUCCUCCAAGGAAACGUGUAAAACAAUCCUGAAAUCUACUCAUAUCAUUAAUUCAUCAUUCACAUCACUUUCAGAGAACACUAGCUCUCAUCAUUUCAUUUCACACCCUCAGGAUAGGGGGAGCCACUGUUACAUGGCCUCUGGCUACUGGGUCCGAGUGGAAGACCCCUUAGCAUAUGACCGAAGGUACAUUAUAUAUAAACUAAACAGAACCGUGAUCUGAUAGUCUACAACAGAUAUGUGGUAAAUAUUACGCAGUGUUCAUGGGGGAUAGAAACAGAAUCUAAACUCAUUGAGUUACCUGUACAUUUGUAAUACCAACAUUUGAUACAAAAAAAAUCUGGGUGACUACAAAAUGUGGAAAAAUCGGAGCUUGUUAUGGAUAAGCUUUUCUUUAUGAGUAUAAAGAAGUAGAUAGACUGAUAGAGGCAGGCUAGACCUUCCAGUAAUGCUUAGAUUUAUGCAUUUUUGAAUGGCUUGUGUAGGAGCAGGCAUUAUGUACAAUGUUUAUAUGACACUAGGUGUGA